GAACAUGGCACUCCUGUCACGAUGGCCUUACUGACAUUUUAAUCAUCUGUAUCGCGUUUUCUAAUCUUACAGGUAUAAAACACACUCUCCCCAUCAAAGCCCACCAACUCAUUCACUCUCAAAACUUCUUGGCUACUCUAACAAUCUAACUAAGAUGGAGAUUGCGAAGUAUCCCUCGGCCUGCCUUCCUCUGGCCUUUGCUCUGCUUCUUUGUCUUGCUGUUUCUACAGAGUCACAAUCCUAUGGCCAUGGAGGAAACCAAGACCAGAUCAGGGCAGAUGAUGUUCAGGGCAGGUGGUGCAUUGCUAAACCAUCGGCAUAUAAUUUUGAGCUUUUGCGCAACAUAGAAUAUAGCUGUGGGCAAAAUGGAGUGGACUGUGGGCAAAUUCAACCAGGUGGUAGCUGCUUUCGUCCAGACACUGCCUUCGGACAUGCCUCCUACGCUAUGAAUCUCUUCUUCAAGGCUGCAGGAAAGCACCCAUGGGAUUGCCAUUUCAAUGGUACUGGAAUUGUUGUUACUCAGGACCCAUGUAAGUCACCUGUUGAGAUUCUUGUACCUGGGUAUUUUUCAAAUAACGAUAUUUAAUUUGUCCUUGUCAUUGAGCAACAACUAACCAAUAUAAGGAUGAAUCUCAUGUCUUUUGCAGCCUUCGGUGCAUGCACCUAUCCCCUGUAAUG